UCAUCAAUUUGAUAUUUUCUCUCCAUAAAACUUCUAAAUUAUUAAAUUUUUUAUUAAAAAAAAAACAUUUUUUAUUUCAAUCCAAGAAGUGAGUAGAAUUAAUGGCAUCAAGGAGAAUUCAAAAGGAACUAAGGGAGUUGCAAAGAGACCCUCCUACUUCAUGUAGUGCAGGUCCUGUGGCUCAGGAUAUGUUUCAUUGGCAAGCAACCAUUAUUGGGCCAAAUGAUAGCCCUUUUGCAGGUGGUGUUUUUCAUGUGGCCAUCCAUUUCCCCCCUGACUACCCUUUCAAACCCCCUAAGGUGUCUUUCAAGACCAAAGUAUUUCAUCCAAAUAUAAAUAAUAAUGGAAAUAUUUGUUUGGACAUUCUUAAAGAUCAAUGGAGUCCUGCUCUCACCAUAUCCAAGGUUUUGCUAUCCAUAUGUUCACUACUAACAGAUCCAAAUCCAGAUGAUCCAUUGGUACCAGAAAUUGCACAUAUGUACAAGACUGAUAGGUUAAAGUAUGAAUCAGUGGCUCGUAGUUGGACCCAAAAAUAUGCUAUGAAUUGACUCGUGGAAUUAGUCGAGGUGCAGGAGAGUUGAACCAACGUUUUUUUGUUAUAACUUAUAACCAUGAGGUCUUUCUACCAAACCAUAUAAUAAGAUGAAAUGAAAAUGUGUCACCAUUGAAAUAUAUAUAACUAUGCAAAAUUUGGGUUAAAUAAAUUGUCCUUUUUUUAGUACAAGAACAAUAUAAAAUGUUGCGAAUGAAA